AUGAUUUUUACACUACCUUUCGUCCUAUUCGCGCUUGCUACGGCAGCCCCAAUCAACGGGACAUCUCACACCAGCGCCGAGAGCCUGUUGUCUUCCAUUUCAUCUUUGGAUCUUGACCAUGACGAUGUCAUUCUCUAUGGAGUCAAUGGCCAGUACAAGGUCAUCAAGGACGCAGAAUUCCAAACCCUCACUUCCGCGGGUGUCCUAACAUACGGCGGCAAUGACAAGGUCGAGACACGCCACCUGUUGGACUCCUCUGCGUUGGUCAAGGCCCGCGACUGCGAUGGAAGCAAUGCUGAGUUUGAGAUCACCAGCACGGCCGACUUCCUCGACUGGGACGUCCAGAUCUCGCCAGUCAUCGGCGCUCAGCAGGCUCCUGUGACCAUUGCGGUUGCGCGCGGCUACUCCCUGGCAAAUUCAGUUACUGUUGGAGGAACUGCCGGCAUCUCUGCUGAGGGCAUCUCCAUCGGUCUCAAAAUCGAUUACCAACAGACAUGGACUACUACCGAUACGACCACCAUCACCUAUACCGUACCUACGGGCCAGUAUGGUGUCAUCAUCAGCCAGCCCUGGACUCACCGAAUUUACGGCAAUGUUUACACCUCGUGUAGUACGGAUCCUGGGGCCAAGUCGACGUUUAUGGGCAGCAGCCAUACGAGCCAAACAUACGGUAGCAUGGACUGGGUGACGGGAGUGUUCCGUCUCUGCGCGAGCAAAAACUACCCUAUUCCUUACUGCAAUGGACAGGGAUCUCACCACUGA